AUGGCGAACAAGUUUGGAUUAGUUUCUUUAUCUUUAGAAACUAAAAAACCUAACGCUACAGCAUUGAUAAAUAAAGCGAAACCUUACUUUGUGGAUCAAAUCGGAGACACUCUUAAAGGUGAUUUAGAUAUGAACAAUUUCAAAGUAACUAAUUUAAAAUCUCCGGAAAAUGAUAAUGAUGCUGUUCACAAGAAAUAUUUACUGAAUCAAAUAAAUUCAAUUGAAGUAAAUAAAAACCAUUUAGAAGAUAGAAUAAGUAAUUUGAAAAGAUUCUUCAAACGUCAACAAAAAAUUUUUGUUAAUGAUACUAAACUACAACAAGAGGUAGAAGGUUUAAUAAGUUUUAUUCAAAAACAAUUGGUCAACGUAGUGAACAAAGCUGAGUUACAAAAUUUAAUUUCAUUAAUAUCUAAAUUAGAUGAUAAGAUUGCAAAACAAAAAUUAGACAUUCAACAAUUAAUAGAUAACAUUCCAGAUGAAAAUGAAGAUACGUUUCCACAGGAAUUAAAUGCUCUGGAAACUAAACUUAACAGUGAAUUACAAAAAGAACUAACAAAUAUUAAACAACAAAUAAAAAACAUUGAUGAUAACGAAAUCAAAACCUAUAUUCAACAACAAAUACAAAAUAUUGAUGAUAGUGUUAUUCAACAACAGAUAACCACUAUUAAUAACAAAGUUUUAAAACAGGAAAAAAAUAUAGCAGAAUUAGAAAAACAUCUCAAGGAAGAAAAUAAAUCAUCUUAUUUCAAUCUUCAUUUUGGAAGUUUGACUCAUAAAGAUAUUAUUCUAUUACUGAAUAUAUUGAUAGAUCAAUAG